UAAAGGAGAAAGUUGAAUACGCCGAGGCCAACUCCACUCACGCUGGUCACCGUCCUCAUUCUCAAAGUUAUCUAGUACCUGAUCUUGCUCUCGGUCGUUACCCCCGGUCUGUACAAAAUGCGUCUUCUAUCUAUCAUCGGAAGUAGCGUCACCUUGGCUGCCUGGUUACUUUCUGCCUCUGCUGCAACCUUGGAAACUACCGACACUGUUGAGCCAGAAAUUUUGAUUGAAGCUGCUUUCCCUGAAAACAACCCAUUCGGUCAUGUUGUCAAUGGAGAACGGAAUCAGAUCAUCCUGGUCGUAGAGAACAAAUCCGAGCGCAAUGUCACCAUUACCACUGUUGCGGGCUCUUUCCACAACCCUGAUACGAACACUCUGAUUAAAAAUUCCACAUCAUUGCAAUAUGACCUCCGUUUGUUGGAAGGUUCGAAAUUGCAAAUCCCCUAUACCUUCCACAGCGAAUUCAAGCCUGGUGAUCUGCGUUUGAAUGUCUGGCUAGAGCAUGUUGUUGAUGAUGAGAAAUACCGCGUGACGGCGUACGACUCUGUUGUCACCGUCGUUGAGCCCGAAAUAUCUUUCUUUGACUUCAAACUUAUUUCCACAUAUCUCGUCGUCCUUGGACUCUUGGGUGGUGCCUCAUAUUUCGCAUACCAGACCUACAUGCCUCAAACGAAGAAGUCACGUAGAAAGACGCGCCCCUCUCCCUCAGAGGUUAGUGCGCCUGUUGGUGCUGUGACAGCAAGCGGUGGCGGUGGAUACCAGGAAGAGUGGAUUCCUGAGCACCAUUUGAAGAAAACCCGGGCAGGCAAAGGAAAGAAGGGAGUUGCGAGUAGUGCGGAUGAGAUGAGUGGCAACGAGUCUGCUUCCAAGAGGAAGAGCCGCAAGUAGAUACAAGCGGCACAUAAUGUGAAUGGAUGUGAUCAAAAGUAUCGCUGGUAUGCGAUAAUAAUACAAUAGCAAUUGAGCACGGUAUAAGUUGGUUUAAUUUCUAUAUGAGAGUCAUCAUCGCCUUGUAAGGGACACUUACGAACUCGGCGUGAUACUCUGUGUAGUUCCAAUUGUGAAUUAUUUCGUGAGGCUUGGCAAAUCCACUUGAAUAUCAAUCACGAAGGGAAGUCAUCCCGUCUCGCCGACAGAUAGAGCUCAGGGUGAUGGUAGAACGCAGUGAUGUUAAGUCUCAUACAUCUAUUUUCUUAUACCCCUUCACCUUGUUCUCCGUAAGCAUCUUUGAAUAUUUAUCUGCCAGCCAUCUACAGUUCUCCAAGUGGUUCACACCCUCAUAGCGCUGGCACUUCUGCAGCUCGGUCUGGACGAGGCGCGCUUCCAUUGCUUUCACCCAUGAUUCGCGAACCAGCUCUUCUCGCUCCUGCAGCUUGGCUGGAUACAAAAGGUGAGUAUGUGAGCAUUGUUUUUAGGUAGAUGGGAUGAGAGGAAUAUGUGGGACCUUU